AUGCGGGGCUCCGCAGGGAGGCGGCGUGGCCCUGGGCAGCCGGACGGCCCAUUUGCUGGGCUGCACGACUCGCAGGGCCCCGAGGGCCUGUCCAUCUUUGGCGUGCCGGCCGAGAUCUUCUGCGACGCGGCGGCGGCGGCUGAGCUGGAGGAGGGCAGCCACCUGGUGCCGUGCUGGGGCGACCCGGAUGACCUGACAGACAGAUGGGACGCUCGGCUGCUGCUGGAUCCGCUCUCGCUGGCGGCCUCGGCGCGGCAACGCCGCCAGCCCCCCUCCAGCGCCGCGGCGGAGGAGGCGGCGGCGCUGGCGGCGGCAGGCGCCAGCUGGGAGGAGCUGGAGCGAGAGCGGUACAGGGACUUGGACCCCUCUCGGGAGCAUGAGCUGCAGCGGCACGGCCGCCUGCUGCCACCAGCGGGUCGCAUGUACUUUUCUGGGGCCAGAGAGGGCGACGAUCAGGCGGAGGAGGGGUACCAGGGAGCGCUGCCGCCGCCCGGCCUGCCACCGCCAGCCGCGUCACGCUUUGCCGCGGUGGCCCAUGAUUACAGCGGCGCUCGGGAUGGUGGCGGUACGGGGCAGUACGCUGCCGUGGGUUUCAGCUACGGGGAUGCCACCAUCGAGCAGGAGGCUCAGGACAGCGUGCAGCAGCAGCAGCAGCAGCAGCCGGCAGCGCUGCCGCCAGCAGCGCCGGACGAGCCCUUCGUCCCACCCUUUCUGGUCCCGCAGCGGCUGCGGGGCCACCUGCCCGCCGGCCAGCGGCAGUACAAGGUGAUACUCCAGACGGCCGGGUUUGUGCGGGACGGCGGGCAGCAGCUGGAGGUGCUGCUGCGGUUGAGGCAGGCGGGCGACCCCACCUUUGAGUUCCUGGAGCCCGGCAGCAGGUUGCACCCCUUCUACAGGUGGCUGCUGGAAAGCAAGCCAGCAGGUGUGGCAGAGAUCAAUGCGGCUCCCGGCGCGCAGCCAGCGCCGCCUGCGCCAGCACCAGCACCAGCAGCAGCAGGCCACGCGGCAGCUUCUGCCCAGCAGCAGGAGCAGCAGCAACAGCAGGAGGAGGAGGAGCAGAAGGAGGAGGAGGAGGCGGUGCAAGGCCCCGAGUUUGGUCCGUCGGUGCAGCCGCCGCCGGAUGCCCUGCAGCUGCUCGGGCAGUAUGGAGACAGCUGGCAGCAGCAGACGCCAGAGGAGCAGGCUGGCGAGGCGCGGCAGCAGCAGCAGCAGCAGCAGCAGCAGCAGCAGCGCCCAGGCUCGGCAGCGGGCGGCCGGCCCUCAACCGCAGCGGCAGCUGCAGGCGAGGCGGCGGGAGAGCGCCCGGAGCAGCCUGCGGCCCCGCGGCCGGCAGGCGAGGCUGCGGAGGAGCACGAGGAGCAGCCACCGCCCAGAGGCCUGCCAGCAGACGCCUGGGCGAUCAUGCGCAAGCUGGUGCAGUUCAUUCAGAAGAACGGCGCCACCUUCGAGGCCGUGGUGCGGGCGCGCGAGGCCCGCAACCCGCGAUUCGCCUUUUUGCACCCCACCCACCGCCACCACCGCCACUACAGGGAGCUGCUUGGGGCGGCGCUUGGGCGGGAAGAGGCCGACGCUGUGCUGGCCGCGGCGGCGGCGGCGGCAGAGGCGGCCGAGGAGCGGCGGCUGGCGGCGGUGCUGGUGCGCUCCGCGGUGGCCUCAGCCGUCGCGAACGCGGAGCUGGAGGCGGCGGCGGCGGCGGCCGCCGCCAGCGCGGCACCAGGCGGGGCCGGCCGGCAGCCCAGCUGGCACUACCAGGCCGCCGCGGCUCCUGCCGCCAGCGCCGCUCCCUCGCCUGCUGCGCCGCCGCCCCCGGCAGCGGCUGCAGCGGAGCUCCCCGGCGGCGUGCUGCCGCCCUGGCUGCUGGACAAGAAGGCAGCCGCGGGUGCCGCCCUGAAACUGAAAGCCAAUCCAGCCAUCGCAGGCAGCGUGCAGCCGCGGCCAAAGAAAGCGGCGGCAGCCGCGGCGGAUGCGGCAGCUGCCGAGGAGCAGGACGGCGAGGGGCAGGUGGAGCGGCAGGAGCAGGGAGUGGAGGAGACGGCGCGGGCCGAGGCGGCCGCUGCUGCUGCGGAGGCCGCGGCUGCCGCUGCGAAGGCGGAAGCUGCUGCGGCGGCUGCCGAGGCGGCAGCCCGCCAGGAGGCUGAGCUGGAGGAGCAGCGCAAGGCGGAGCGCCGCAGGCGGGCGCGCGAGCUGCUGGCGCAGCGGCAGCAGCAGCAGGCGCUGGAGGCGGCGCGGCAGCGCCAGCGCCAGCUGGCCGAGAUUGCGCAGCACCGCCGUGCGUUCUUGGGCGGGGACGACGCCCCUGCAGCAGAGGCGCCGGCGCCGGGGGCUGCUGCCGGCCGCCCAGCGGCGCAGCCUGCCGUGGAGAGCUUGGAGGAUCUGGCGCUCAGGCUGCGCUUGCGGCGGGCGGCAUCCAACGACGCGCUGCUGGCCGGCGGCGCCAGCGCCGCGCCUGGCGCUGCUGCAGCGCCAGCCCCGCAAGCCGCGUGUCGGCCACAGCCGGAAGAAGCGCUGGCGCAGCACCGGGCAGCGUUUGCUGCGGGGCCCGAUGAGCCUGAUGCUGCAAGCAAUUGGGGCGGCGUCCAGGAGGCAGCAGCACCAGCAGCAGCACCAGCAGGAGCAGCAGCAGCAGCCACCGGGGCCGCUCCCACCAACCUGCAGCGCAUCCGGGAGCGCAUUGCUGCCGCCAAAGCCGCAGAGGCGGCAGACGCGCAUCCGAUUGAGGCUCCUGAGGCUGAGCGGGCUGCGUCAAGAGACGGCAGCGGCAGCAGCAGCAGCGAAGGCAGCGGCAGGCGGGAGCGCAGCCGCAGCCGACACUCGCGGCAGCGGCGGCGCGGCAGCCGCAGCCGCAGCCGCAGCAGGGAGCACAAGCGGCAUAAGAAGCGGCACCGCCGCCGUGCCAGCCGCAGCCGCAGCCGCAGCCGCAGCCGCAGCCGCAGCCGCAGCCCCAAGGGGCGCAAGCGUGGCAGCAGGCGGCGCAAGCGCAGCAACCGCAGCCGGGAGCGGGAGCGCAGCAGGAGCAGGAGCCGCAGCGUGCGCAGCCGCAGCCGCAGCAGGAGCAAGGCGGCGCCACCACGGGGCGGCGGCAAUGGGGACAGCGGCGGGGUAGGACCGGCUGCCGCCGCUACAGCGGCACCCAGCGCCAGCGUGCUGGCACGUGUGCGCUCUGCCCUGCAAAGCAUCAAAUGA